AGAUAAGGCAUUAUACGAGGCACAAUUUCCCACACUUUCAUAAACUCUUGGAGACAAAAUGGAUUUCGUUUGGCUUUCAGGACUGUGUAUUUUGUGCCUGCCUUUAUUUAGUGAAGCAGCACCCGUGUAUGGAUUUCAAGGAGCAUCAUCUGCUAUCGUUACCGGCCGCACCUUGCACUAUGCUGUCCAUCUCAAAGAAUGCGAAAAUCUAAGUGGGCCAAAAUCAAGCCCAGUAUUCGAAGAGACUUUCGGCGGACAUGUUACAAUAUGGCGGACAAUUAAUGACCGUGAGAUCUCUGAAGUACCUUUUAUGGUAUUUUUCGAUCAAAAGAUGCUCUUUGGCGAAACAGGUAAACUAUCCCAAUUGGUGAGAGAAGUGGAAGUAUGGGGUAACGACACGGCCAUUGUCAGGACGGUCGAGUACUCUACAGACUAUUCCAAAGUCAUAUCAGUGGAAAAACAUCAAUGCACGUUGUCCUCGGCAAACAAAACUGGUAAUAUAGAUUUCCAAACAUCCGAAACCGCGCCUGACCGCCUUCACAGUUUCGACGAGAUACUGGAGGCCCUGGAAGGCGGAAGAUAUGUACAUUUCCAGGCAAUGACUUUCAUAUGUAUGGGUGGACGAGAACACUCUUUCUCUAACUUAGGUGGCCGCAUUCCAAACUACGAAAUGAAAAUGGAGGAUGGUGCUGUACAUGGCGUGCGAAGUUCAGUACAGCAGACGGUACACUACGAUGCAAGAACCGAUACGCACGUGCGUGACGUCAUCAAUUUAAGACUAUUUGAUAACCGUACGGUGGAGAUUAUCGACGUUCGUGGUCGGCCUUUGUACGAGGAUUUUGUCCACGAGCACGUGUCAUACUGCACACUCGAGACUGGAAUGCCUGGCGGCACGUUCAAUGCUUUUGCUAACUAAGCAUAAGAUGCAUUUCUUGAAAGUGAAAAUUCUGUAAUAUAUGACCCAUCCUAUGAUAUACUUAAAUAAAGGAGUCAUGAAAAUCUG